GAUUUGUUCUACGUUCUACUGCACAGUAAGGUCAAGGUGUAAUAAGGGCGUAGUUUUAAUAAAGUGAUUGGUACUAUCCUUGUCUCUGAUUGGUUUUUCGGAUCUUCUCUUCCUUUUCUUUUAGUUCACUUCGAACUGAGAAAAGAACAUAAAUAGUAAACAAUUUUUGACAUUUGAUUAUAAAUAAGUCAGAAAUCAAAUUAUCCACUGAAGUUUUGGAAUUGGAAGAGCAGUUGUAUUUUGUGUGUUGUUUUGGUGACUAAUCAGUUCAGAAAAUUAGUGAUAGCGGUUUUUACUUAUUUGAAGAAGAUUACAGUUUCAAGAUGAAGAUAUUUAUCUUCAUCGCCUUUGUGGCAUUCUUUGCCAUAGCUAAUGGGGUGUUUGUCCCUCCUCGUCCAGGACACAAAAAACACAAUUUGGGAUCUGAAAGAUGUACAUGGGGCCCUUCUUAUUGGUGCCAAAAUCUGACGUCUGCUGCUGGGUGCCAUGCCACCAAACAUUGUAUCCAAACUGUUUGGAUCCACAAGCAAUUGCCUCCGGAUGAUAGCAGUGUUUGUCAAACUUGUCUGGAUAUGGUCAAACAAGCUAGAGAUCAGUUGGAAAGCAAUGAAACACAAGACAUGAUCAAACAAGUUUUCGAAGGAUCUUGCGCCCUCAUCCACCUGAAACUCAUCGUGAAAGAGUGCGACAAAAUCGUUGACCAGUACAUCCCCGAUCUCAUCGACACCCUCGCGUCCCAGAUGAACCCGCAGGUCGUUUGCAGUGUUGCCGGGCUGUGCAACAACGAGAAAGUCCACCAACUGCUGGCCGAACAAGGAGAGAUUGUUAACGAAAAGAGAGUGGCAGUGGUGGACGCACCUGACAAGUGCGAGGGGUGUCACACUGUGGUUGAUAUUUUGGAGAGCAGGUUCAACAAGAUGUCUAAAGAUGACGUGCUCCACAGCUUGUUAGGAUUUUGUGGACAAUUAGGAAGCUUCUCAGACGGUUGCAGCAACAUCAUUAUAACCUAUUUCAAUAAAAUCUACAGCCAUCUCCAAAACCAUCUAAAUUCCAAUGAAGUCUGUCUCAUGUCUGGCGAAUGCAGUGCACAGUUCCACACACAUGCUGCAAAAGUUGAAAUAACUCCUAUGUCUCAUAUUGGAUAUGUUUCUGUAAACAAAGACAAAGACGACCUACCCUGCGAUUUGUGCGAGCAGCUCGUCCAGCAUCUCAGAGAGCUCCUGAUCGCCAACACCACCGAGGCGGAGUUCAAGCGGGUGCUCGAGGGGCUGUGCAAGCAGACCGGCGACUUCGCCAAUGAGUGCGUCGCCCUGGUGGGGCAGUAUUACGCGCCGGUCUACGACUUUCUGGUCAACGAGCUGAACUCCACCAAUGCUUGUAAAGCCAUCGGGAUUUGCCCGAGUUCGGACAAAGAGGUCGCUCUCAUUGCUCCCCUUCUGCCAUCGCAAUCGGCAGACUUGGCACUUUCUCUGUCAUCACACACCGACAAACCGCUCGUCAACAUACCCCCGGCGUUGCCAGAGCUCACCGCAGACAACCAGCUGCCGAUCGAUCGCUUGAUGCCUCCUCACACCCAGGUGCUCUACAACAAGGAGGUUUGCGAGUUCUGUCAGUACUUUCUACAUUACCUUCAAGUGGCCAUCACCGAUCCUAAGACCGAGGAGAAAAUCAAGGAGGUAGUGGACGAAGCUUGCGGAAAACUCCCCAGCGUCGUCAACUCCACCUGCCUCAACUUCAUCGACAACUACGAACCGGCCCUGGUGGCGAUUCUCGCCCAAGAGAUCGACCCUUCGCAAAUCUGCCCCCUCAUCAGAGCUUGUCCCUCGUCCGAUAACAAGGAUGUAGAGAUCUUCAUGGAGGCCAAGAGCGAUUCGAAAUGCCCUCUCUGUCUCAUAGCGGUCACCAAAUUGGAGAAUUUGGUGAAAGACAACAAAACUGAGGAAUCGAUCAAGAGUGCCUUGAAGCAGGUUUGCACCCAUCUGCCCAACAACUUGGUGGCGGAAUGCUCCGAUCUGGUAGACGCUUACAGCAAGGAAUUGGUGGAACUGUUGAUGGCCGAUCUGAAGCCAGAUGAAGUUUGCGUAUAUUUGAAAUUGUGCAAGGACGAGCAGCCGGCCGAUCCGCUGCCCCCGUACGUUUUCAGGCUUACCGCAGGGAAUAUCGAAACCAAUGUCAUACCUGACAACACCAUCAAUGGGCAAGUUGUUGGAUCAGAUGAUGGUAUUAGCCAACAAAAGCCUACUUGUGUCAUCUGCGAAUUUAUUAUGAAAGAAAUUGAAGAUCAACUGAAAGAUAAAAAAACCGACGCAGACAUUGAGCAAAUAGUGAGGCAUAUCUGCAACAUAAUGCCAAAGUCGAUCAAAACACAGUGUAAUGGUUUCAUAGAUGACUAUGCAGAUACAAUCAUUCAGGCAUUGAUUGCUGCUUUGGAACCCUCAGAAAUUUGCAGCAUGAUGAAAUUGUGUACCAGUCAGUUUGAAACGAUCAGAGUUGAAAUUUUGGAAUGCCCCAUCUGUCAAAUGACCGUCGAAGCAAUGAAGAAGAUCCUCGCAAAUCCCAAAGUUGACCAUGACAUUGAACAUGUCUUGGAAAAAACUUGCAGGGGAUUGCCCCACCAAUACAGAAACAAAUGCAAAAAAAUGAUAGAAAAACAUGGAAAACAGAUGAUUGAUCUUUUGAUUAAACAUGCAAGUGUACAUAAAAUCUGUAAAGAGAUGGAAUUCUGUUCCACACGAUUUGAAGAAAGCCACCUAGUAGGAGUAGACCACUGCACCUAUGGACCUUCAUAUUGGUGUGAGAGUGAAGAGAAUGCAGAGGAGUGUGAUGCAAGGCAACAUUGCGAAACAAAAGUGUGGAAUAGCAAAACAAAAAGGGAACUACUAGGAGCAAAUCCUUGCACUAGAGGACCUGCAUAUUGGUGUGAUUCUGAAGAAAACGCCAACAAAUGCAAUGCUAGAGCUCAUUGUGAAUCAAAAGUGUGGAACCAGCACCGAUCAAAAAGGGAACUAUUAGUAGGAUCGAAUCCUUGUACUAGAGGUCCCGCUCAUUGGUGCGCAUCUGAAGGAAAUGCCAACAAAUGCGAUGCCAGAUCCUAUUGUGAAUCAAAGGUGUGGAACCAGCAGAGAUCAAAAAGAGAACUAUUAGUAGGAUCUAAUCCUUGCACUAGAGGACCUGCAUAUUGGUGUGCAUCUGAAGAAAAUGCCAACAAAUGCAAUGCCAGAUCCCAUUGUGAAUCCAGGGUGUGGAACCAACAGAGAUCAAAACGGGGACUACUAGGAUCUAAUCCUUGCACUAGAGGACCUGCAUAUUGGUGUGAAUCUGAAGAAAAUGCCAACAAAUGCAAUGCUAGAGCUCAUUGUGAAUCCAAAGUGUGGAACCAGCAGAGAUCAAAAAGGGAACUAUUAGUAGGAUCUAAUCCUUGCACUAGAGGUCCCGCUUAUUGGUGUGCAUCUGAAGAAAAUGCCAACAAAUGCAAUGCCAGAUCCCAUUGUGAAUCAAGGGUAUGGAACCAGCAGAGAUCAAAACGGGGACUACUAGGAUCUAAUCCUUGCACUAGAGGACCUGCAUAUUGGUGUGAAUCUGAAGAAAAUGCCAACAAAUGCAAUGCUAGAGCUCAUUGUGAAUCCAAAGUGUGGAACCAGCAGAGAUCAAAAAGGGAACUAUUAGUAGGAUCUAAUCCUUGCACUAGAGGUCCCGCUUAUUGGUGUGCAUCUGAAGAAAAUGCCAACAAAUGCAAUGCCAGAUCCCAUUGUGAAUCAAGGGUGUGGAACCAGCAGAGAUCAAAACGGGGACUACUAGGAUCAAAUCCUUGCACUAGAGGACCUGCAUAUUGGUGUGAAUCUGAAGAAAAUGCCAACAAAUGCAAUGCUAGAGCUCAUUGUGAAUCCAAAGUUUGGAACCAGCAGAGAUCAAAAAGGGAACUAUUAGUAGGAUCUAAUCCUUGCACUAGAGGUCCCGCUCAUUGGUGCGCAUCUGAAGGAAAUGCCAACAAAUGCGAUGCCAGAUCCUAUUGUGAAUCAAGAGUGUGGAACCAGCAGAGAUCAAAACGGGGACUACUAGGAUCUAAUCCUUGCACUAGGGGACCUGCAUAUUGGUGUGAAUCUGAAGAAAAUGCCAACAAAUGCAAUGCUAAGACUCAUUGUCAGACCAGAGUAUGGAAUCAAAAAUGAAAUGAAGUGCCCCAAGUGUCAUAAGUUAUGUAAGAAAAUAUCACUAUCGGUAGGUACUAACCUCAGAAUAAUAUUUGGAUAUAGGUUUAUACUUAGUUGAAUAAAUUCAAUAACUAUUAAUUUUGUUUUCAUCAAUUAAAUACUGUAUAUAUUGUUGAAACUG